GAAAAAGACGAGGAAAAACUAAUCGCUUCCAAGCGACGCGAGCCGUCUCCAAGAGCCGAUUCGUUCGCGACCGACACAUCACUAGCGGGUGACCAUACAACACGCCGACGAACGUCCGUCACGUCUGCAGAAUGGAGGUGUCAAGGAGAAGGAUACUCCAGAAACAUCUGGAGCCUGCAAGACCCCUCCGUCGCCGCCUCCAAGUUGACAUGGAACCCCGAGUAACUGUUCCAUCAUGUGCCUUGCUGGACUUUGUGGAUGAUGAGACAGAUAUUGGCAUAGAGCAGUUCUGCAAGAUUGUCAACCUCCAAGAGCAGAAAGAAGAAAGAAUAUCUUACUCUAGAGAUGUUUUAAUUGGUCUGGCGAGUUGUCCUGCAGCCAAAAAGAGGCCAGAAUUCUUACCGGACCACCCCGUAGUGUUACCCAACGCAAGAUCUCCAAGCUCUCUGCCGUCACAUGAAAGCGGCUAGGACGUCGGCAAAGAGGAAGUGGUGGCAGCACUCGACUCUCUAAUUAGUUUGCACAGACACUCAUGCUCUUUGCUACCCUCAAAGUGCGUAUCUGCACUUUUUUUUUUUUUUUACUUUUCUUGUUGUAUUUAUUUGGACAUUUCACGUUCCACGCCUUUCAUUUGACCAGUAACAACCCAGAAACGGCUACGGUUGUCCUAAGUAAGUAGAUGUACUGCUUCAUUUCCCCAAACAUGACUACUGGCAUUUUGCUUCUUUGUUCUGCAGUGGGAUAUUUUGCUUGACUAGUGUUGUGUAUUUGUCAUUUCUAUAUUCUAUUGUUAAAAGGCUUGCUUUGUUGAUGUUUCCCUUUUGUGUGGAAUUAAAACAUCUGCAUUAUAUUUUUGUAUUAAAAGUGCCUUUGGGCUGUUCUGAUGUUUGCAGUGGUGUGAAAAAGUGUUUGCCCCCUUUCUGAUUUUUUUUUUUUUUUUUGCAUGUUUGUCACACUUGAAUGUUUCAGAUUAUCAAAUAAAUUUAAUUAGUCAAUGACAACACAACUGAACACAAAAUGUAGUUUUUAAAAUGAAACUUGUUACUAUUAAACGGAGAAAAAAAAUCUAAACCUACAUGGUCCUGUGUGGAAAAAGUGAUUGCCCCCCAUGUUAAAACAUAAAUUAACUGAGAUUGAUUGAGAUCUAUCAGUGUGUAAAAGGUUAUAAAGCCAUUUCGAAAGCUUUGGGACUCCAGCCAACCACAGUGAGAGCCAUUAUCCACAAAUGGCGAAAACACAUUCUCAUGCUUUGACUGUUUGAUCACUUUUUUUAAAUUUUCCCUCACCUUUGGCACUAUCAAAACUAAGCCGGCUACAAAUAACUUCCAAACAAAACAACUUCACUGUAAAAUUAUCCGCACAAAAACAUUUUAACAAUUCAGAAAAAAUAUGAAAACAAUUUAUACCAUGUAUAAAUGAUAAAAGGAUAAAAUAGGAUAAUCAAUCAUCAUUUUGGAAUCUGUUAUUCACAGUUUUUAUGUUAUCUGUGUUUAUUAUAAUUUUGCAGUGCGUAUGCAUAAUGCAAUAAUUAUUAAAAAAUAUAGAUUUUUCACAAUGUGAUGGACUGACUGUUAGGCUUGUUUUCAUAUAGCUGCUUGUUUCUCUCGCGAGAUCUGGCAAGAU